CGGACCAUCAUUACAUGAGAAGAUGGAGACUUUCAGGUAUCUGUUUUGAACGUAUAAAAAGUUUAUGCUACCAUACCAUGUUUGCAACUAUGUAUCUUUAAUUUUUUUGGAACAUAUUUUACGUCUGGAACGAAAUAGUGGAUAUGCAAACGGCACUGGGGGACACUUGGAACCAUAACAUCAGCUCUUAUAACCGGUCCUCUACGGACCCAGACCGCUUCAGCAGCCUGGAGGACAUAGAUAUGACCGCGGACGGCAGUCCAGCGCUUCGAAUCAUGAUAUCAAUCGUGUAUUCUGUGGUUUGCGCAGCGGGUUUGGUGGGGAAUUUGUUAGUCGUUUUCUUAAUGAAAGUGAGACAAGGAAGAAAAAGGUCCACCAUACACUUUUUUGUUCUUAAUCUGGCCAUGACGGACUUCCAGUUUGUCCUGACCCUGCCUUUCUGGGCUGUGGACACUGCUCUGGACUUCAGCUGGCCGUUUGGGAACGCGAUGUGCAAGAUCAUUCUCUCCGUUACUGUUAUGAACAUGUACGCGAGUGUUUUCUUCCUCACUGCUAUGAGUGUUACGCGCUACUGGUCCGUUGCCUCGGCUCUAAAGGACCGCACCAGACACAGAUAUUGUUCGGUGAGAUGGGUAAGCGCAGUGCUAUGGGUCUUUGCCACUGUGGCCACCGCUCCAACUGCUAUUUUCUCCAAUAUGACAAACAUCGCUGGGGAGAAGCUCUGCCUUUUGCGGUUCCCGGAGGGCCAGCACUGGCUGGCUUUAUAUCACUUACAAAAAAUCAUAAUUGCCUUUGUUUUCCCCAUGCUCAUAGUAACAAUUUGCUAUUUGAUGCUCCUACGAUUCGUUCGCCUGAGGAGUAUGAACAACAACCAUCCUAAACGGAGUAACAGAGUCACUAAAUCCGUUACCAUUGUGGUUCUUUCAUUCUUUUUGUGUUGGAUGCCAAAUCACGCCAUCACUUUCUGGGGCGUCCUGGUCAAAUUUAAUGUGGUGAACUGGGACAGGUCUUAUUAUAUGGUUCACACCUAUGUUUUCCCUGUGACCGUGUGCCUGGCACAUGCCAAUAGUUGCUUGAACCCAGUUUUAUAUUGUCUCAUGCGAAGAGAGUUCAGGAAAAUGCUGAAGGAUUUAUUCUGGCGGGUUUCCUCACCUGCGAACAGCUGCCAAAUACGUCCCUUUUCUGCAACUCGAAAAGCCUCUGUCCACGGUGACACACAAAUACCUUUGAAUGUCAUAGACACCGACCUCUGUCAACUAUCCAUUGUAAAUGGGCAAUGUGACGCAUAAGCGGAGGACAGCCAACCAUAAAGGUAACUUAAUGCGUAAAACCAGAGCUCUAAACCGCUUCAAAAGAGUCGAACAUUACGAAAUGUAUUAUCCUCGACUCAAUGCAUAGGACUAAGAUGAGAACAUUAAUUAACAGUAUUUAAGUUUAUAAAUGAUGAUAUUCUAUCGUGUAACCUACCAAAUUGCGCAUAAGAUGCCAGCUGUGCCAAGCAAAUAUUUGUCUCCGUGACUGGCCUCAGCCCCUAUGUGACUUCAAAAUGAUUUCUACCUUUGUACAUAGCGUACUACCUAACAUAAUUUAAGUUGAGGCCUACUUGGGGAUCUAUUGAAUCUGUAUCGCGGAAGUUCAGCGUUACAGCUUGAUUGAAAUCUAUUAAGGCAAUAUUCCCGCAUUAGCAGACUGCAUUCAUAGUAAACGCAGUAUAUGUCGGCUCAAUCGGGAAUUACCUUUACAUUUCUGUCGCAGAAUGUGUAAAGCUUCAACAAUACAGAUGAUUGAAAAGCCCUUGACCUUGCUAAAUCAAUAGUAUAUUGUCGUUACAUUGCGCUUUUGAGCUGUUUUUAAAUUGAACAAAAACUUUGGCUACUGCCUGAACGCCUGGUGUGAUUUCCAUGGCUAUUGGUUGUCGUAAGUGUGUAAGUGUGGUAUAGUAAGUGUGGUAUAGGCCUAGGUGUAUUUUGAGAAAAAUAUUGUUCUUUCCAUUUUUCAAAGUAAAAUGCAAGUGUCAGUCAUUUUCAGUCAUUCACAGUAUUUCAUUAACAGAUACUUUGUGACUAGGGAUUCAUAUUUUCCCGGAAACUUUCCAACUUUCAGUACCGGGGAUACUUCAUAUGUAUCCCUUGAGUCCAAGAAAGUACGGCGAAAAUCGGAAGUGCCCAAUUCAAAGCGUUUAAAACCAAAAUAUGUCCACUAUGCCAGGGUUCUGCCCAAAUAAUAAGGGCGCUGUGACACCUUGUCGACUGGGCUGCACCACUAUGUAAAGAUUUCAGAGCAAAUUAAACUGAUAUUUAAUAAUGAACUAUCUUUGAUCGCCAAUGACACAGUUGUGAAUCAAAUUCCAUAAAUUCCGAGCAUUAUCAUGUUCCUCAAUUAAUGUAGUGCAUAUCUCGAUACAGAGCGCGCUCAGGACGCACAGAGCGCACCCCGAGUAUAGCGUUGUCUGAUCAUGCAAACUUGCUAAGCUUGCUAGAUAACCUCCUUCAACUAAUGACAUAAUAUAUUCUAUAUUUGGCAAAAUCGAGUUGAUGAUUAUACAGAUAGUAUAUCAGGAAAUUAACAACAGAGAGAUUUAAGAGUAUAAAUUGUUAAAAAUGUCAAGGUAUCUUAUCAGGAACCAACUCUAAAACUAUCCAUAUCUACUUUCAUACGGUCUGUUGAUCACGCAUACCGAAGCUCUCAUCUGGGCAGCAACUAUACAGUAAAUUGUUAUUAACAGACUGUGACAGAGAUGCCUAUAUAGGGAAUUGUGCACAGGCCUAUCAAAUGUGUGACUGUCUGGAGAGCCACAAUGACAGUUCAAAUAGGCACACGUUAUUUUACAGGCUCUAUUGUAGGGGUUUGCUGUAGGGCAGAGCUCUCCUUCUUGGAGAGCCACCAUCCUGUAUGUUUUCACUUCUAGCGCACCUGAUUCUAAUAAUUAUCUAGUUGAUAAGAAUCAGAUUAGUUACAACUGGAGUUGGAGUGACAACCUAAAGGAGGGUAGCGGUGUCAAUUAUGUGUGUGCUUUGAAUUUAUGGCAACUUUGUGUGAAGUAAAUACCUAGGCUAAUGGCUUCCAUGUGAUAACCUGUUUGGAUAAUGUGUUUUACAUUUUUUCGCUAAUCUGCAUGUUGUGUAUUUUGUGGAAUUUCAUUAGUGCGACAUUGGCUAUUUUCCCGGGUCUUGGCAUAAUUUUUUUUCUGGGAAUAUAAAAGAGGGUACCUGGGACAGUCCCAGGAAACAGUUUAAACAUGUUACUUCUUAGUUGUGACUGUAGCCUAUGCCCAUUCCAAUAAUUGAUAUAGUCUAUACACUAGAAUACUUAUUUGGUGGCACUGUGUUGAUGCCACUGUGCCUCCAUCUUGAAAGUCCCCCACCGUUGUAAAAAAGAAUAUUUCGGAAGCUAUAGGAAUGCAUUUAUUAAUGUCUACAUUUGUUUUUGCCACAUUUAUUCUAUUACAGACAACUUGAUGCAUACAAAAUGAAAAAAUAUUAACUUUUUCCCCCUUAAAGUAUACAUUUUUGGAGAUUCCUAAUGUUGCUGUCCCCACUACAACAACAAAAAAAUACGAUCCCGAAGACACCGAUCUUUGAGCUAACGUAGGCUAAUGCGAUUAGCAUGAGGUUGUAAGUAACAAGAACAUUU